UUUACUUACAUUUUUACGGUCUCCGAAACAAGUGACUUUGUUUUGCUUGAUAAAAACUCUUGAGCAUCUAAAUGUAAAAAGUAAUGCAGAAAAGAAGAAAAACCAACAAAUGGUGGAAGUUGUACUUUUUAAUUCAUUAUUUUUACCAAUAUGUGCAAACAGAUACAUUACUUUUUUUAAAUGAUGGUAUUGCUCGCUGUGUUCUUCCAAAAAACAAUGCUUUGUUUGUGUAUCCUUUAUCAGCUUUUGGAGAUUGUUGUAAAAAUGCUUCUUUUAUUUCAAUUGGUCCUGGAAUUUACAUGGAAAUGUAUUCAGGACUUUGUAUUGAAGUUCCUAAAAACCUUAGUUUAUGGGAUGGAGCUCAAGUCAAUCUAGGAGGAGCAUGUACUGGAACAUUUUUUAUGACUGGAGACUCUAAGAUGAAAGUGUUUUCUCAAGGUUUUUGUUUGAGUUAUAAUACUAAUUCAGAAGUAAUAUUUAAAAAGUGUGAAGCAGCAAAUUCAAUAAUGGCUUUUGAAAAGUGUGGUGUAGAUCCAUUUCAAACUACUACAUCUCCUACUACAACAACAAAAGCAACAUCACCCAGCACUGUAUCUCCAACUACAACAACAACUGAAAUGACAACAACUGUAGUACCUUGGAGUGAAUGGAGCCAAUGCAGUAUUUUGUGUGGUUUUGGAUUUAAAACUAGAAGUUCAACACUCACAAACUGUACAAAAGACUGUUAUCAAAGUGAAACUGCUAGUUGCCAGGUUGAUUGUGCAGGAUUACAACUGUCUAAUGGUGGAGAAUCAUGUGACCAAUAUUGCAAAAGUAUAGGUUUUCUAUGCAACCCAGUGUUAGAAUACCAAAACUGGUAUCAAAUGCUUUUGGAUUUUAAUAUUACUUGUGCUAAUACCACUAAUUUAAAAGAAAAACUAUGGAAAGAUGAAUGGAAUCCCAGCAUUAUAGAGAAAAGCAGUGUGUGUGUUGGUUAUCUAAACAGAUCAAGUUUUGUAAACUGCUCUGCUGUUAGUCCCUCUGGAAUAAAACGAUUUUGUAAAUGUGAUGUACUGUCUGACAUUGGCUUUGGAGGAUGGAGUAGUUGGUCCAACUGUUCUAAUCCCUGCAAUAUUGGGCAAAAAAAAAGGUUUCGACAAUGUCUGAUUACUAGCAGUUGUUUUGGUAAAAGCUAUGAAACUGAAUUUUGCAAUACUUUACCUUGUCCAAUUGAUGGAGGAUACACAGAGUGGGGACCUUGGGCCAUAAAUUGUACCAAGCAGUGUGGAAUGGGUUUUCAAAAUCGAACACGAACUUGCACCAACCCUAAACCACAAUAUGGUGGUUUGCCAUGUUAUGACUCACCUAAUGAUUUUAUAUUCUGCAAUGUACAAAUGUGUCCGAUUGAUGGUAGCUGGACUGAAUGGACAGCAUAUGAUGACUGUAACAAACCAUGCAAUGGCGGUAAUCGUGUACGAUAUCGUUUUUGUGUUGAACCAAGACCUGAUCAUGGAGGCAAACAAUGUGAAGGAAAUUCUACAGAAAAAAUUAAAUGCAAUGUUUAUAAAUGCAAUGAAGUAAUUGUUCUGGUAAACUUAACCCUCCAGGGUCGAACUUACAGCGAAGACUUACAGAGUUCAAGUUCAAAAAGUUUUUUAGAUUUGCAGUCACAUUUGCUUAAUAGCCUCAUCGAACUCUAUUUACAUACACCAUACAAUAAUACAAUUCUUGGUUUAAUACUUCUUCCUAAUGUCAGAAAAGGAUUAGAAAAUAACAGUUUGGAUGUUAGUUUUGAAGUCAAAUACGAUGCUAUUGACGAGUCACAGUUGUUAAUACUUCAAGAUGCAAUCAGUUUAAUGAAAUCAAUUUCUAAAAUCAGCGUAUCUCCAAAAUACAAUGCAACAUCAAACAAUGUACCUAAUGAUUACCCAAAAAAUUUGUCGGCCUCUAGUUUCUCAUAUUCUACAAUCAAUGUUACAUGGAAUGAAAUGUAUAUAGAAGGGGGUUUUCUGAAUUAUUUAGUCUUUUACAAGGUUUCAAAUCAAUUGGAGUAUAGUAUUAGACCAGCCACUAGUACAGAAAAAGUACUUAUAGGCUUACAAGCAGAUACCUGGUAUACAAUUCGCAUUGCUAUUGAUACAACAAAUGGAAAUGGUUUGCUAAGCCCAAGUAUUGAAACAAAAACAUUAGCAACAGUACCACUUGUUGCUCCUCAAUUUCUUACAAACAAAGUGACUGGUGCCUUUAGCAUCUUUGUUUCUUGGUCAAUUGUGCCUAUAGAAUUAUUUGGUGGAAGCCCUGUUGGUUAUAAUAUCAGAUAUCUUGGGAGGCAUGAUGUUGAUUUUACUGAUAUUUAUGUUACAUUUGAAAAACGCCACCACACUAUUACAGAUUUGGAACCAUAUCACUCAUACAUCAUAUAUGUGUGUGCUGUUAAUAAAAUUGGCCGUGGACCUUGCUCGAGAACACAAAUCACAACCGACUUUGCAACUCCCUCUCUUGCUCCUGAAAUGAAGUUGAAAAAUAAAUGUUUAAAUGGCUCCAUUAUAAGUUUGGAAUGGAGUGAUAUACCAGAAGAAAAUAUAUACGGAGAACUAACGAAAUUCCAAAUUUGCUAUCAAAAGACCAAAGUAAGUGAGAUAGAUUAUUUAGGAACAAAAAUGUGUAUUUAUCUUGAUGCAAGUGUCCAUGCUAAGGACAUUUCUGCAGAGUUUAGUUCAACAUACAGCAUACAAAUAUCAGCUGCUAACCAAAAUGGAUUUGGUGUAGUUUCUGAACCUCUGUCGGCCACAACUUGUCGAUGCCCUGAUAAAGUAUAUGCUAACUAUAACAUCAUGAAACCUUAUGUUUAUCGAGAUUCCAAAAAUAAUCUUAUUGGUGCUUUUCCGGCCAUACUUGACACAAUUAUAAGAGGAGCUUGUGGUCAGUGCUGUGUUAAUGGAAAUUUUAUAGAGACUACUUUGUAUUGGACAGGUAAAAAUAAAAAUGUUGAAAAAAACUCUUCAAAUGAAGUGGGAAUUGCUAUUAACAAUGAGGCGCUUGUGAGUUUUCCGAUCCUUGCUGAAAUGUACAUAGAGGACAUGUUUGGUGGAAAAUUUAUUCCUAUUUUUAAACAUCCUGGAAGUUUAUUUAUGGUUCGAGUAGAUUCUUUUCCUCAACAACUAGAUAAGAUGGUGCAAAAGAUUUUUAGUGUUUGGCCAAUAAUAAUGAUUUUUACCUGCAUGUUAAUUCCUAGUGGUAUACUACUCUGGUUGAUGGAUCUUAAAAAAGAUACUCCAACAUGUUUCCAAGGUUCUUGUAAUGGAGUAUGGUUAGCAUUUAUCACAGCAGCAACAUUAGGAUAUGGUGAUUACCGAGCAAGUACAGUAGUUGGACGCAUUAUUACGGUGAUCUGGUCAUUUGCUAGUCUUGUCUGUACAUCAUUAAUUAUUGGUGCAAUUGCAACUUUUUUAAUGUCUUCCAACAUUGCUGCUAUAGCUACCUCAUUAAUGGGACUCAAAGUAGCAGCUGUUGAAGGCACUUAUGAACAAAAACUUGCUUUGCAAAAUAUUGCUCAAAUCAAAACAUAUUCAAAUGUAAAAGAUGUUUCUAAAGCUGUAGAAAAUAGUGAAAUGGAUGGACUAUUGGUUGAUUCUUCUGUUGCUAGUUCUUACAGUUUUCUUUUUAACAAGAGCAACAUGGUUUAUUAUGAAAUUAUACAAAACAAACUGUAUUAUGGGAUUAUAAUAAGUGGACCACUUAGCAAUGCAAAUAGUUAUUUUCGAAAAUAUGUCAGUGAAAAUCAUAAAGAUAUUUCAUCGUUAGUUGAAAAAUAUGCACAAAUAUUUCAGGGAACUCCUGUUAGCCUUAAAGCUUUCACAUUGUUUGCAGCUGACUCGCCUCUGCUUAAAGAUACAUUUUGGAUUAGCUGUACAAUUAUUGGUUCAUUAAUUGUUUUGGGAAUAAUAGCUAACUACACAUUUUGCAAACUUUUGCAGAAACCAGGUUACCUCGCGUUGUAUACAUCAAAAGUGAAAGAUCAUGAAGAAUUGUUAUCUCUCGCAAAUGAUUUUAAGAACCAUUUUAUCGAAGAUAUGAAUUUGUUUGAUAAGAAGCAUACCUUUGAAAGAAUUUUCUUUCCGUUGCAAGGAAACAGAAAAUGGAAAAAUAGCGUUUUAUUAAGAUAUAAACGUGCUGCGUUUGAAAAUGCAUAUUAUAAAACAUUCUACGGAGAAGAUAUUUAUUUAAAAGACGCAAAUCUUAUAUUCAUUAAUUCCCCAGGAAAAUUUAGAUACUAAAGACAGAUACUAAAGAUAGAUAAAGAUUUAUAUACUAAUAUUAAUAAGUGAUAAAAUUUCUUAUUUAAAACUUUUUGCAAGAUUUUAUAUGUAAUAAAUUAUUUUCUUA